ACUUUUGCAUAAGCGCAUAGCCAUAAGCAUAAGGAAAUUGAUUGGUUCGUUUCGUUAGGCAUAUGUUUGCGGACCAAUCAAUUUCUUUAUGCUUAUGGCUAUGCGCUUAUGCAAAAGUGUGUGUUCCCCGCUUGAUUGUCAAAGCGCGAUCAUAUUGUCAACUGUCAAAUAUAGUCAAAUAUAUAUAAAUGUUUAAAAGUUUAUAUCUGCGUAAAAGUGAUUGACAAUCCGAUGACAUUAAAGUCGGAAAAGAAAGGCUAUGUAUAUAUAAAGUAAUAUAUUUCUUUUUACGUUGAAUUACAAAUGUUCAACAUUUAAUUCGUAGAUAUUCAACUUGUGUAGUUUUAACCAUAGGACGUAUAGUGCAAUAAUCUAUGAAUUUAGGCGUAUUCAACAGAGUUAAUCUCAAGGAUUCCCAAGGAGGAAUGUAUUCAGAAUGGGCUUCACUGAGCACUCUAAUCCAGCAAGGUUCGGAGGAGAGUCAAAGCGUACUCGAGAAAUUUCCGCCUGGCGCGGGGAAAGAAGUCGCAUUGUCCAUAGUACGCCAACUCGCUGCAAAUCUCGGUAUCACUCAAGCGGCGGAACCUAGUCCACUCUCGACUGACAAGGAAGUCCAAUGGUGUAUGGAAGUGAUAUGCUUUGGAUUGUCACUACCGUUGGCUGAACAUGAUACUGUCAGAGAUUGUGUGAACAUAUACUGCGAGUGGCUAUCAGCAUUAUAUUCUACGCCAAAAAUUUCUGUACCUAGACCAAUUAUAGACGAUUCAAAUUUUUAUGCCAGAAAAAUCAUAAGCCAUUUUCACAAUUUAUUUGUACCGAGAAAAGGAGAAGGUACAGAUACGAUAAAUCGACAAGCUGUACUGUGCCAUCGAGUGCUUAGAACUUUACAGCAAAUUGCGAGAGGUCCAGCAACUUUAGAAAGAGAAACAUGGGAAAGUUUAUUAUUAUUUCUCAUUGGUAUUAAUGAUGCGUUAUUAGCACCACCGGCAACAAGAGAAGAUGCAGGAGAACAACUGUGUGAAAGAGUGCUUGGUGUAUUAUUAGAGGUGUGGCUGGUUUCUUGUGAACGCAAUUUUCCUUCACCACCUUUAUGGCGUACAUUACGAGAAUCUUGUUUGCGAUGGCGUCACAGAUUAGCUCUAGUAGAACAAUGGAAUCGCGUAUGUCUCGCUCUUACAGCGAGAUUGCUACAAAUCAUGUAUGGACCAAUGUUUCCCGAAUUGAAAAUAAGUGAGGAAGACAUACAAUUAGUACCGCCUACUAUGUCGGAUGAAGCGGUAGCACAAGCGUGGUACAGACUGCUGCGUACUAUUGGUGAUCCCGUAGAUUUAUGUAGACCCGCUGUUGUCUCGCAAACACAAGCAUUUCUGCAAUACGCUAUCGCCAGUCCUAAUGUUAUAGAUCCUUGUCAACAUCCAUGUCUGCAAAGUUUACCACAAAUAUUUUUGAAAGCUAUAAAAGGUAUAGCAGGUCAAGUCGAUGCUUUUCUCGGAGUUUCACAGGCAUGCUGUUGGGAAGAAUGUUGUGUGUCCAACAUUACAUCGGGGAAUAGCGGUACUGGCGGCGGGGGUGUAGGAUGGGACAGGUCGAGUGGCAAGGAACAACCUCAACCUUCCCCCACACCCCCGACUCAACGCAGACUUGCCAAAAGUUUCAGUGUCACUCCUUCUGCAGUCACUAAGGGAAUUCCGAAAGCAUCCUUAAUUGGACUAACGACAAGCCGGGUAUCUAGUACACCUCCAAUAUUAAUAUCAAAUUCUGGACCAUCGUCGGCUUCGAGUACAGCAUCUAUGACCUCACUUGGCCAGGAUAUCAGACCUCCUUUAGCACCAGGACGUCCCAAGUGUAACAGUAUACUGCAUCUUUUCGGGGAAUGGUUAUUCGAAGCUGCCUUUAUAGGUACCGAUGGUUGGUCGCAGAAUUUACCGCAACCAUCGGGCGCUUCAAAACGUCCAUCCUCGGUACUCGUGGACGGACCGAGUUCGUUACAGGAAACUGUGAGUGACGUACCGUCGACACUUUGCAUAGAUCGCUACGAGUCUGGUAGAGCGGAGGCACUGGGUGCUCUGUGCAGAAUUUUCUGCGCUAAGAAAACGGGCGAGGAAAUCUUACCUGUGUAUUUGGCUAGAUUCUAUCAGGCCAUGUAUCACGGCCUCAAAGUUGAUGAAACUCGCGAAUGUGGCGAAACAUUAGCUAGUAUUUUGCUGAAUUCAGCUGACUUAUUUCGUCUCGAUUUAAACGGUGUACAAGUCUUGGUGCCAGCCGUACUAUCCGCCCUGGAAGUAGUUCUGCCAGAGAAAGAUUUGAAGCUGAGAUCUAAUGUAGUCUCGAAACCGGAUUUGAGAAGGGCCUCAAUACAUUUGUUGAUAUCGAUGUUAACAUUACCUCUGCACUUUCAGAAUCUUACCAUUAAGGAACUUCCCACAUUUCCGAGCACAAAUUCUUUUGAGAAAACUCCCAUAACAUUCAUACAAUUGAAAUCAAGGCUCAUGAAUCUACUCAUAAAUGCUUUGCAAGUAGAGACUGAUCCUCAAAAUACACACAUGUUGUUGGGAGCUUUGUUACUGAGUGUACAAGAUUCUGCAGCAGCGGAAGAGGUUGAGCAGGUCACGCAACCUGACACAGUAGCUAAUGAUUCCACAUCUAAUUUAUUAUCUUCAGUCACCAGCAAUUCAGCGAGUCAAAUAAGUAUAUCCAGCGAUCAGCGAUCAAUUGGCGAUGCCUCUGACAUUGCAACUCUUCAAGAGGAAUGCAUUGCAUUCGAUUCUGCUCAUGCUCUCUUUGUACGUGCAACAUACUUAGUGUGUCAUCGUUUGAUUUCGUCGUGGAAGAUUGAUCUAAAUAUCUCUUUAGCAGCACUAGAAAUGCUAUCGGGAUUAGCACGCACACGCAUUCGCGAAACAGCAAGGAAGCUUACAGAUGCUCUAGAAUGCAAGAGAGCGGUAAAAUGGUUGUGCGACUAUAUUUCAUAUCAAUGUUGGCGUCCACCACCAGCACAUUCUAAGGAUCUUCAUUCCUCUAUUGUCGCAGCAUUCAAUUGUUUAACAACUUGGUUAACUGCUCAUCCACAAUUGUUACAAGACAAGGACUGUUUGACUACAGUAUUAGAAGUUGUUGAGCUCGGAGUAUCCGGCACUAAGAGCGUCGGAAAACCGGGAGAACCCAUCAAAAUGAAGGAUGAAAAAGAAUUGAAACCUGCAUCUAUGCGUGUAAGAGAUGCCGCUGAUGCGCUUCUCACUAUUUUAUUGGAACAGGUUGGCUACUUUCCGAGCGCUUGCGGAGCGCAAUCACUCUCGUCACUAUUGGACGAAGUGUCUUUGCUUCGACAUUGUAACAGUUGGACCGGCGGACGCGUGGCACGACAAGCAGCCGUCGAGAGAUUUCGUUAUUUUGUAUCUGAGAAUGCAAUCGUAUUGGCCUUAUUGGAGGAGCCUCUGGGAAACGAUCAGGAUCCUCAACCGACGGUGACGGUUCUGAUUCGUGGACCGUUCGGUAGACACGCCUGGACGAUGCAGCUCCGUCAUUUGCCGCGUCAUCGAUCCAGUAUCAGAAGUGUAAACAGCAAUCCCGGACGACCUUUACCGUUGGCGGAAGCCGCACCGAGAACAGAAUAUAAACCGAGAUUUUUCCCGGAUAAUGUGGAUCGUAUUCCUCAUUGUAAAGUGGAUGAAUCGAUACCGAGUCUCGAAGCAGUUAUGAGCGAUAAUAAUGCUGUACGAGAUGAGCAUCAAAUUCUCGCACAGCUUUUGGAACGUCAAAUAACACUCGAGUCGAAAAAUAACAAUAGUAAUGUCAAGACCGUGGAAGACAAAACUGACGAAUGUGUACCGCCUCAAGUCUGUCACGAAUUUCAGACAGCUCGUCUAUUUCUGAGUCAUUUCGGUUUCUUAAAUAUGGAACCUAAGGAGAACGAGGAUUCCAGAAACAGCGGGCUCAUCGCUCUAGAUCCAACCAUUCCCGGAUUCUGCACAGAUUUAGAAACAUUGGACAAUAUUAGUCCACGUACAUGCGACACUGUUCAUAUCUUUUAUGUAAAAACGGGUCAGAAAUCUGCUUCCGAAAUAUUGUCAAAUGUGCUGCACGAAGAAAUUGUAUCGCCAAACUUCUUAGAAUUUUUGAGCUCUCUCGGUUGGCCCGUUUCUGUAUCUGCUCAUGCAGGUUGGACGGGUCAUGUAUCCACUUCGUGGAGAGUAACUGCACAAGUGAGCGUACCACAACCAGCUCAUAGCAAUCACGGUGGGGCGUUUUAUAAUGGUGACACUCAUGUGCUGUACUGGGCGGAUGUGAGUUCAGAAAUUGCAUUUGUUGUGCCUACACAAUCGUAUCUUGUAGCCAGCUCGGAUUCAUUAGAGGAAACUAGUUAUAACAGCGAUACUAGUAGUAGUGGACAAGCAUGGUUUGAGCGCAGUAUCAGUGAAAGUACAGAUACUCGGAGCUGCGGUACGUCGCAGAACACAACUUCGACUUUUAGAGCGAUGUCGCUUGACUUAGAGAAACAACCGUCGAGCUUGUCGGGAAUAGUUCCGACAAAUUCCUCGAGUACGGAUCCCAUCAGACCCAGGAGAACAUUAAAACAAGCUCUACCUUUACAAACAAAUACAAAAAUUAUGGUUGUAUGGCUGGAGAGUCUAGAGGAUCAUACACAGUUCCCGAUAGGUGAUUUGCUUCCUUCCACUUAUACUGGAUUGGAGCAAUCGAGGAUGCUGCAAGCUAGCGACGUGCAAGUUAUCUUCCUUCAAGCUCUUGCUAAUGGAUUGAUGAGAGUCAGAUUACAAGGACCGAUUUCUAGAAUUAAUUUGGCAACACCUUUAAUCGAUGGUAUGGUAGUAUCAAGAAGAGUCUUGGGAAUUCUAGUUAGACAAACAGCUCUUAACAUGGGACGUAGAAAAAGACUCGAUAAUGAUAGUUAUCAUCCACCACAUGUACGAAGACGUUUAAAAAUUCAAGAGAUGGUGCAAAAAUACAAAAGAAAUUUGACAGAACCAGAGUUAUUAACACUUUUGUUCAGUAGCACUCAGACUUAUCAAACGUAAUAGAAAUUUUUAACAAUAUGCUGUAAAUUUUAAUUCAGGAUGGUAGCUCAAUAUCUUCUAAAGCAUACAUUAUUUUGAAAAUAACUUAAUUAUUCUUAAAAUAAUAAAAACUUGAAGAUACAUCGUAAAUUUAACAUUUAACAGAUAGCAUAAUUCUGUGCUAAAAAUCAUUUCUUAAGUAAUGAAGAAGGUGAUACAUAAAAAAAUGUUCCAAAAAAAUAUAUUUAUUAUAUGAUUUGUAAUAUGUGUACAACAAUGUAUACAGCAUAUACACAGUUUUGUAUAUCUUAAAUAUUAUUUUGUUACUUGUAAAAUUAGUAUUGUAGAUAGCACUAAGAUAAAUUAUUCAUAUUUCAUAUAAUUAUAACAGUUACUUUAAAAUAUAGGACGCUGUAUGAAAUGUAUUAUUUAAUUAAUUUAUUAUGUAUGACAACAUAUAUUUUACACUUAUACCUUAUAUAUGCAUGUACCAUGUAAUUCUUAGAAUAAGUGUCAUGGAAGAGAGGGGAAGGAUAGGUGGUUGUAAUCAUAAAUAUAUUUGUAAAGAUUUUUAAUUUCCAAAUAACAAUCGUCUAUUAUGACAAUGAAAGGAAACUUUAUUCAGUACACAUAUAUUAGAUAUCUACAAUUACAUACAUACAAGUCUCCUUGUUUUGUACAUAAGAAAUUGAAAGAUAUCUAUAUCAAAUAAUAAGAAGUAUGUCGAAGUUAAUCUGAAUCAUUUGCUUUAUUUAUUUGUAUCAGGGCUGUAUACUAAAUAAUAUUGGACAAAACACACUUAAUAUGAAAAUAAUGGUAGCUUAUAUUUAAAUGUAAAGCACAGUAUAUGAUUUUAAUACAGACAAAACUAUAUAUUAUUUAUUAACUAUAUGUAUAUAUUAUGCUAUUCAUAAUAUUCAACAAUUUUAUAAUUGUAUCAUUAAAAGAAUAUCAGAUAUUUGGAGCACUCCACUGAAACCAGCCCUGGUCAAUUGAAUCAUUUAAUCAAAGAUAUCAUCUUAAUCAAAGAUACGUUCCAAUGCUCGCUGCUCAAUGCUAUAAGCAUAAAAAUAUUUUUCUUCGUAGCGUUAGUAAGUAAUAUACUUUCGCCAAGCAAUUUCGUAUGUACAACAUUUUUCAAAUGUUAGAUCAAGAAUUUUAGAUUAGAGAUUGUGUAAUUUUGGCGAGAAGAGGUGAAUGAUUUUAUAUAAAAAUAAAAUUUUAUCUCCAAUAUUAA